AUGGAUUAUUCUAGCGCAAUACGCGGUUUCUUUAGCUCUGUUAGACAGACUGCAGAAGAAGAAGUGCAAAGUUUUUUCGAUAACGCGUCAACUAGCGUUGUAGAAGCCACUGAUAGCGACAGACCUACUAAGAAGCGCAAAAAGGUCAAGCGAAGUAGUUCAGACCACUUUGAUUCAUCUCAUUCGGUGCCUGCAAUAAAUGAAGUUGUUGAAGAUCAGCAGAAUGCUAGCACCAGUUCUAACAGCAAAAGCAAGAGUAAUCACUUAAAUAAGGCUCACAUAAAGAGCCUACAAACACCUCAUAUACCUGGAUGCUAUCCUAUCACGCCUGCGGCUCAUUUAUCUGCGAGUUACAACAAUCUCAUUGACUCAACAGACAACAAGACCAAAUCAAAUGCGUUAGAAAGUCAAGUCGUAGACAUGGACUCCUUCAAUGAACUACGCAGAAGCUACGAUCAUCUCUUAUCUGCCGUCGAAAGGAAUACAGCUUUCCACAAUCAAACCCAGGCUCGAAAUGAGCGAAGGAUACAACACCUUGAAUCGAAAGUAAAGACUUUGACCGAUAUGAUCACCAAGCCAAACCAAGAGCGUGAGAGACUUCGUCAGGAGGAAGACACGACGAUGCUUCAUCAGAAAAGGCAAAGAUCACAAGAGUUCAGGGAUAUGGCAGCUGCUCAACCAAGCUCAACCCCACACAAUCCACCACCAAAACGAUACAAUCAGAGGUCAAACGAAGCACAUGCGAAAACUGUUUCGAACACGGACACAAAUAAGUCACUUAAUAUGAAUCAAUUCCUAUCAGAAAUACGUUCAGUCAAGCUUAGGAAGGUGGGAUUACCUUCCAAAUGCGCAGUUGAAAAGAUGCCUGCACUUAAUUAUUCAUGGCAUGGUAAAGCUCUAGAUGAUCACUCCAUCUUCCCAUCACCCCCACCAUCACACAACUACUCCCGCACACCGUCAGCUUACUCAUUAAACGACGUUUUUACAGAGAAACCUCUCACGUUAUUCGAUGAAUUAAAUGGAAAGCUGAAACAUUCAAAUUAG